GGAACGGCUACCCGUACCCGGGGUACGGGUACCCAUUUGCGACACUGGUGCGGCCGGGUACGGGUACGGGACUGGGAUUAUGUCCUCUUCCCGGGUGUGACGAGAGCUGUUCUGCCUUUUUGCCUGGGGCGGCUGUCUUGGCAGACACACGAGUCCUCCUCGAACUUUCGCUGCUCCUGCCCCGCCUCCACCAGCAUUGCCAAGGCAAAGUGAUCCAAGAGAGUGGUGGCGGGAGAGAAAGAUGAAUCAGGACGGAGUGGCGAGAAAGACGGAAUGUUUCGCCGCCUCCGGAGAAGCCUUCGCAAGGUUGCUCCAAUCCUCACACCAGAUGGGGACACCUCAGCCCAGCCAGGCCAGCGGCAAGGAUCAAAGCUCACCGAACUCAAAUGCAAAUCCUACGCCCGAAUCAAAGUGCCAGCCCAGUGAUGCUCAGGCCCAGUCAAAGCAAUCAACUGAAGGCCCAGGUCCCAGGGCUGUGGAGGCCCCUGACCCUCCUGAGCCGCUGCCUUCAAGUGCAGCCACGCCAGGAGAUGCCCGACAGCAGACGGACGAUGCAAGGAAUGACAAGGAGGUUGCUGAUAAGAGGUUGGCAGAUUCCUCAACUUUGCAACUCAACCUAGAGACGGAGAUGCACAUUCGAGAUCUGGUGGAGCGUUUUCGACUCCGCACGGAGACUAUGAAGGACUACAUCAUGGACCCAGAUGCCUCCUCGCCAGAGCCCAGCCCUGAACCGUCACCUAUAAAGAAGCCUCCAGGUAAAGCACCACCACCUCCACCAGUGAAGGGAGAGGAGAAAAAGGAGGAAACAACUCCGCAAGCCGAAGUGGAGGCCGCCACUGAACAACACGAAUGUCAAAUGCUUUGCUGUCGGUUCAAGCGGAGGCCCUGGAUGGAUAAGAUCAAGAAAAUGAAGCUGCCAGAAACCAUUGAUCCAUGCGCAGACAGGAUAUACUUGAUAUGGCUGGCGCUGGUGAUGCUGGCAUUCCAAUGGAGCUGCUGGCUCCUGCCGCUCAGGUUGUCAUUCCCCGUGCACACGUCCAACACCAUGUCCUUCUGGUACAUCGGUGAUUACACGUGCGACGCCAUCUACCUGUUAGACAUCCUGGUCAUGCAGCGUCGACUCCAGUUCAUCAACCACGGGGACAUUAUCACAGACAAGAAAGAGACAUCAAAGUUCUAUUUCCGUUCAGAAAAAUUCAAGUCAGACCUGCUCUCUCUGCUGCCUCUGGACAUUUUGUACCUCAAGUUUGGGCCUUCUGCCAUGUUCCGUCUGCCUCGCCUAAUCAAGUACAAUGCAUUCUUUGAGUUCAACGAUCGGUUGGAAGGCAUCAUGGACAAGGCAUACAUUUACAGAGUGAUCCGGACUACAGGGUACCUGCUCUUCAGUUUACACCUCAACGCCUGCUUUUACUACUUCGUCUCCGAUAUGGAGGGACUGGGCAGCACCCGUUGGGUGUACAAUGGCAAGGGCUACAGCUACCUGCGAUGCUUUUUUUACGCGGAGAGGUCGCUGAUGGUGAUUGGGGACCUGCCCUACCCUACCAACGAACUCGAGUGGAUCUUGCAGAUGUUCAAUUACUUUAUUGGAGCCUUCAUCUUGUCCUCCCUCCUGGGACAGAUGCGCGAUGUGAUCGGUGCCGCAACAGCGGGGCAGAAUUACUACCGCGCGUGCAUGGACAACACGCUGAGCUACAUGGACACAUACCACAUCUCGCGCGCCGUGCAGAACCGAGUACGCAUGUGGUACGAGUACACCUGGGCCUCCCAGGGCAUGCUGGACGAAUCCGAGCUCCUCGAAAAGCUGCCCACCAAGAUGAGGCUGGAGAUCGCUAUCGACGUCAACUACACCAUCGUCAGCAAGGUGGCCCUCUUCAAGGGCUGUGACCGGCAGAUGAUAUUUGACAUGCUGCUCAGGCUCAAGUCUGUGGUCUACUUGCCCGGAGAUUUUGUCUGCAAGAAGGGCGAGCUUGGGAGAGAGAUGUACAUCAUCAAGGCAGGAGAGGUGCAGGUGGUUGGAGGGCCUGAUAACAAGAUCGUGUUCGUCACACUACGAGCCGGCUCCGUGUUCGGAGAAAUCAGCCUUCUGGCGGUUGGAGGUGGGAACCGCCGCACAGCUAACGUGAUGGCGCACGGAUUCGCAAACCUCUUCAUCCUGGAUAAGAGAGACUUAAAUGACAUCUUACGCAUCUACCCCGAGUCGGAGAAGCUGCUUCGCAAGAAAGCCAAGAAGCUGCUGUCAAAAGACCAAAACAAAAAUGCUGAGCCAGCACCUGUGGCCCGGGGUUUUGCAAGCAUCUUCCCAGAGAAACCAGUGACACCCAAAUUUCUGCAUCUGAUUGCAUUGAUUUCCCGAAAAGCAGCAAAGGACAAAGAAAAGUAGCCAGAAUCUCGCCUCCAAAUUUGCCAUAAUAAAUUUUACCCUUUCCAACUGAGGUUGAAAGCAUUAAUGUAUUAGUUACGUCCAUCUGUCUAUCUGUAACUUGAGGUCGGGAUCACUCCUGUUAAGAUGAUCCAUUAUAAAUGAAAUGUUAUUAUUGAGUUGUGUUGAUACUAGGGGAUUGCCAUAGAGAAUACUGGGCAUAUUGGUCAAACGGUUGUCCAACACUUGACAAUAAUCACGAAAAAUGAUAAAAUGCAUAGGCCUUCUCACGUGGUGAUAACGCCAUAUGCCACCCACAUGUAUUCUGAUAAUGAAUGUUUCUGAUACAUUUUUCAUAGCCAGUUCUACGCAUUAAUAAAAAAAAUACUUCUGAGGAUAAACUUGUUGGUAAGUAUUAAAUAAUUAAAGUGGGCGCAUGAUUUUUCUUGUUGUCAUAAGCAUAUGAAUGCCUAUAAUUGUUCCCUGUUUAUAAGCGCUGUUGUUACAGUGUUGCUAAUGAAUGAAGUCAUUUUAAGCGUACAGUAUACCUAAUUAUUUUUGCUUCUUUGCUGUAAUGUUUCAAUUUGUCAUUUGGUAUUCUAGGCCACUCUUGCAAAUCUGACUCUCUAUCCUGUUUUCUUGAGUUUUCACCUGGUCUAAUAAAUAACUUUGACUUGACUUCUACCUGACAUUAAUAGCAAAGGCCACUUGUUCUUCCUAAACAUGUAUUGACAAAGGAAGCACAUUUUUUGAGUCUAUGAGAAUCUACAGCCAUGACUUCAAAUUCCAGUGAUUUGUUGAGCUCAAAUCCCCAUUUGCAACGUAAAAGUAGCCCUUCAUAUUCUUAGGUUUUUUUCGGUAAAGUCACGUAGGUAAAACAUUAAAAUUAAUAAAAGUAAAAUAAAAUAA